AUGGAAUGGUCAAAUGAUCUUGUUAUCGAGUUUUUGGAGUUGUACGAGAAGGAACCUGCAAUAUGGAAUCCAAGAGAUCCAAAUCAUAAACAUAAAAACUAUGUAAAUGACUCAUGGAAAAGAAUUGCUGAUAAUAUAAGCGUACCUUGUUCAACAAACGAAUUAAAAAAAAAAAAAGACUCGCUAAUGUCCACUUUUCGAAAACUAGCUUCAAAAGUAAGAGCAAGUAAGAAGACUGGUUCAGGGACAGCAGACAUAUACAAACCCAACUGGUUUGCUUACGAAAUAAUGACGAAGUUUUUGCAUGGAGUUUUUCAACCUCGCGUCACUCAAAAUACAGAUGUUAGUUCUAACUAA